AAUAGGCAAUUUUUGUUCAAACAUGGGUAAUGCUUAUUGAUUUUCUUACCUUUAGUAAAGUUUUUUUAUAAUAAUGGAGGAAAUUAACAACUUCUUAAGUAAAGUUCUUCCAGUGGAGGAUAUUAAUCGUCUCCUGCCUCAUUUGGUAGAGCUAGGUGCUAGUUCAAUGGAAGAUUUGCUGUUUUUAAACGUUGAAACAGACCUGCCUAAUGUACUACCUCCUCUUAAGAGACGUAAAUUAGAAGCAGCUUUAGCAACUUCAAAUUCUAAGCCUGUUCAUUCACAAAAUGUGGACCUUAUUGAAACAUCUGUGAUAACUCCCAUUGCAUGUACCAAGUCAUGUGGUCCAAAAAAGAUGGACGGCGAGACACUCGAGAUGUUCCUUAAUCGCUAAAAUCCAAAACAGCAACCGUUCAUUUUGUCGUGUGGAUCGUCUUUUUUUGUUGUAUGCGAUGGAAAAGCAAUUAUAGUUAAACCUUCGAAAGUUUCUGUUGCCUUUGACUGUCUUUCAAGUCGUUUUUUGUAUUUAAUCUUGAAUAUCCAAAGCAACUACAAAUUUUAUACAAUUUCUUUCAAGAAUUAGUUUAUAAACUGCCUGGUUCUGUUGUGUCCACUAAAGCACGUAAAUUAUUCGAAGAGAUAUCUCAUAUGUAGUAUAUUCAGAAACAAUAAAGCCUCAAACUGAUGCUGACAAAUUUUAGACAGUAAUUUAGGACAUUUUAGUAAUUUUAGCCUUUAUAUUCUUCUUUGAAAUUUUUUUUUACUGCAAAUCUUUUAUGUGAAACUAUAAAUUAAAA